CAGGUGCAAUGAAGGCACUGAUUUUGGUGGGCGGUUAUGGGACGCGUCUGCGGCCGCUGACGCUAAGCAUCCCGAAGCCGCUGGUGGACUUCUGCAAUAAGCCCAUCUUGCUGCAUCAAGUGGAGGCGCUGGCUGCGGCCGGCGUGGACCACGUGAUUCUGGCCGUGAGUUAUAUGUCUCAGGUGUUGGAGAAGGAAAUGAAAGCGCAGGAGCAAAAGCUAGGAAUCCGAAUCUCCAUGUCCCACGAAGAGGAGCCUCUGGGGACAGCUGGGCCCCUGGCCCUGGCCCGAGACUUGCUCUGUGAGACUGCAGACCCUUUUUUCGUCCUCAACAGUGACGUGAUCUGCGAUUUCCCCUUCGAAGCCAUGGUGCAAUUCCACCGGCACCACGGUCAGGAGGGCUCCAUUGUGGUGACCAAAGUGGAGGAACCCUCUAAGUACGGUGUGGUGGUGUGUGAGGCAGACACAGGCCGCAUUCACCGGUUCGUGGAGAAGCCGCAGGUGUUUGUGUCCAACAAGAUCAAUGCAGGCAUGUACAUCCUGAGUCCUUCAGUGCUACGGCGCAUCCAGCUGCAGCCCACAUCCAUUGAGAAGGAGAUCUUCCCUGUCAUGGCCAAGGAAGGGCAGCUCUAUGCCAUGGAGUUGCAGGGCUUCUGGAUGGACAUCGGGCAGCCCAAGGAUUUCCUCACUGGCAUGUGCCUCUUCCUACAGUCACUGCGACAGAAGCAUCCUGAGCAGCUGUGCUCAGGCCCUGGCAUUGUGGGCAACGUGCUGGUGGACCCAAGUGCCCGUAUUGGUGAGAACUGCAGCAUCGGCCCCAAUGUGAGUCUGGGUCCCGGUGUGGUGGUGGAGGAUGGCGUGUGCAUUCGGCGGUGCACCGUGCUGCGAGACGCCCACAUCCGCUCCCACUCCUGGCUGGAGUCUUGUAUCGUGGGCUGGCGCUGCCGCGUGGGCCAGUGGGUGCGCAUGGAGAAUGUGACAGUGCUGGGCGAGGAUGUCAUCGUCAACGACGAGCUCUACCUCAACGGGGCCAGCGUGUUGCCCCACAAGUCUAUUGGUGAGUCGGUGCCGGAGCCUCGCAUCAUCAUGUGAGGGGUGCUGCGGGGCCGGUCGAGCCCAUUUCCCCAGUGACAAGGGGAACACUGGCUUGACGCGUCCAAAGGCCCUGGACUCAUUGCCAUAUGACUGGGGAGGACUGGAUAAGACUGAAGUUGCCAGAUACCUGCCUUCUCCCAUGGACAUAAUCGGGCAAGAUCCUUGUUGGACAUACCCCACAAAGGCCACUCCCUUAAGAACAACUGGGCCGGGACUGUAUGGAAUAAUAAUUUAAUGCUCACCGCG